UACUCAUUUCUGUCUUAAUCUCCUCAAAAUUAGAUGUUAGUGAGUAGUGACAGUGAAUUUUCUUUUGGAAUCUGUAUAAGAAAGAACUCUUAUCAGCAGAAGUUGAAAGUGUCCCAAGUAAAACAGCUAAAAAAUCUUAUAAACUCUUGAGACUAAAGAUUAGCUAAGAUGGCAUCUGGGGAAGUUAAAGAAGACAAGUACCGUACACAUAUGUAUGGAGAAGCAGAGAAAAACACCAAAUGGGUGUAUGGAGUUCCUCCCAACUAUGAUGUUGUGAACAAGCUAUUUGAAGAAGGAAGAACAAAGAUAUGGCCAACAGGGUCACUUGAAGAGAAAGUGCAAAACCUUGUGAAGACAUGGGAAAUGGAGAUGUUCCACAAGAAAAGCACUGAGGACUACAAAACUGUUGAUCCAAACAAGUACACUGUCAGCAUAAAUGGAAGGAAAGAUUUGAGUUUAAAACAAGUGGCUAUGCUUGGGGGAGGAUACAACAACUUAUUGCAGACUUCCUUACCAGACAGCUUGCGGUGCUACAACCCAGCAGAAGAAACAGCAGAUUCUUCUCACCGUGCUUUCACGACCACCUUUCCUCGAGGAUUUGCUGUGGAAAUUCUUCAUGUCUACUCUGGCCCACCUGUUAUUGUUUACAAGUUCCGGCACUGGGGUUAUAUGGAAGGCCCUUUCAAGGGUCAUGCCCCUACUGGAGAAAUGGUUCAAUUCAUUGGCAUGUCCAUUUUCGAGCUAGAUGAACAAGAGAAGAUUGUGAAGGUGCAGUUCUUCUAUGAUCGCGGAGAACUACUGGGAGGUCUUUUAAAGGGUUCUUCAAGCUCGGAUAGUGGUAUCCUUGAAGAUGGAGCUUCAACUUGUCCCUUAAUGAAGAAAACUGGGUAGUGUUUUCAGUCAACUGAAACAAUCUGCUAAAGGAAAUCAAGCUAUUAAACUAUUAUUCUCUGUGUGAAGUAAUAAGCCUUGCCACAUAAUGCAAUUAGGCAUUAGCAUUGUAUCUGGGUCUCUUGUGUACUUCCAUCAAGAGCUGUAAUUUCUAUAUAAAUAUAAAUAAAAAUUCUAUGGGCAACAUAAAGGAGCCCAGUUUUAUA